AUGACUGCUGUACCUGCGUCGCUCUGCUGCGCUGUGCUGCUGUUUUCCUGUGUGUUUGCUGAGCAGAAAACCAUCACAGCUGAGCCUGGACAGACCGUCACUCUGCCAUGUCGAGCUCCAAAUAACAACCUCAUAGUUGUAGACUGGAGCAGAACAGAUCUGGACCCAGAAUAUAUGUUUUUGUAUCGGGACGGGCACUUUGAUGCAGACAACCAGCAUCCAUCCUUUAAGAACCGGGUGGAGCUGCAGGACAGACAGAUGAAGGAUGGAGACGUGUCUGUGAUCCUGAAGGAUGUGACGACUGCUGAUAGUGGAAAAUACGAGUGUCGCAUUAAGGAAAAAGGAACAAGCAGAGCUGUUCUAGGAUCUGAGCCCAUCAGCACCAUCACCCUGAGAGUUGGUGCUCGUACAGGUCAGGUAGGAAGGAGUAACGAUGGAGAGGAUGAGGACGAUGGAUCUGCUGGGCUGACAGCUGGUCUGUCAGUUUGUGCUGGACUUCUUGUUGUUGUUGCAGCUGUUGUUGGACUUUUGAUCUACAGAUACAAAAAACAGAGUCAAGCCAGUGACAUGCAGCCUGUCUGA